UUCAUGCGAAUGCAAGUGGCUUUUAAAUCUCUAGUGACUUCCAAUCUGACAAUAGGGAUUUCAUUGAUAGUAAGUGUGCCGGUGUGGCAGGCAGGGCGUACUCUACCCUUAAUUUGGACUCUGCGUAUAGCAUUCAACGUUGUCAGUUGAGAGGAAGGAAGCCACGCGAACAUGGGGAAACCUCAAGUGUGUCUCUUGCAUGCGGAAAGUGAACAUUGACUACAGCUCAUUCAAAGCGAAAAGAAUGGUGAUUAUGUACCAUUCUCGUUAUGUGAUUUUAUUUCGCGACCAACAUUGUAGCCCGUUUUCUCGUGCUUGAUUCGAGUGUCCUUCAUUGAAUUAUUGUGCGAUUACUGGUGUGUUUCGAAUUAUAAAUGAACGAGUAUGGAGGAAGUCUUCGAACGGCGAAACACUGAACGUAAGUUUUUGGAAUGGAAAGUGUUGAAGUUAGAUUUUUCACCGUUGUCUGAAGUUGGGGCGAUAUCGAAAUGUUCCCUGCAUCAGUACGAGGAAUGAACCUGAUGCGUCUUUCAUUGAGUAUGCGUGUCUGUGCCAUCCAUCAAUCCUUUACGACUUUCAGAUUGAGCAUGAAUCUGGAACAUGUAGUGUGCGUCCGAUGCGAGGAGUCCUUCGAUUCUCGGGAAAAGAUCGUGAACUCGAAUGGAGAAUUGUGGCAUUCUCAAUGCUUCACUUGCUGCCAGUGUUUUCAGCCAUUUCCGGACGGUGUUUUCUACGAGUUUGAUGGACGGCGAUACUGUGAGCAUGACUUCCAGGUGCUCUUCGCUCCAUGCUGCGGGAAGUGCAAUGAAUUCAUUAUUGGAAGAGUAAUCAAAGCAAUGAAUGCGUCGUGGCAUCCUUCUUGCUUUCGGUGCCGUGUAUGCUCCACUGAGUUAGCUGACAUGGGAUUCAUGAAACACGGGAAUGAAGCAUUGUGCCACGGAUGCUUCGCCGGAGUGAAAGCCGCUGCUCGUGGCAAGCACAUGUGUUACAAAUGCCACCAAAUUAUCGAAGAUGGACCUCUGAAAUUUCGAGGUGAAUUAUAUCAUCCAUACCAUUUCAACUGCAACGCUUGCGGAAUCGAACUUACUUCGGAUGCCAGAGAAGUCGCGUCUCGGCCAGGGUACACCUCGCAGGAUGUUAACGAAUUGUAUUGUUUGAGAUGUCACGACAAGAUGGGAAUACCGAUUUGUGGAGCUUGUCAUCGUCCGAUUGAAGAGCGUGUUGUUACUGCGCUUGGGAAGAAUUGGCACGUCGAGCACUUCGUUUGUGCGCGUUGUGAGAAGCCGUUCAUGGGAAACCGACAUUACGAAAAACGAGGCCUUGCUUAUUGUGAAACACACUAUCAUAUGCUCUUCGGGAAUCUUUGCUAUGUUUGCAAUCAAGUGAUUGCUGGAGAUGUAUUCACAUGCAUGAACAAAGCUUGGUGUGCUGACCACUUCGCGUGCUUCAUGUGCGACCAGAAGCUCAACACGAAGUCAAAAUUCUACGAGUAUGAUUUGAAACCGGCCUGCAAAAAAUGUUACGAGAAACUGCCGACUGAGUUGAGGCGGCGAUUGAAGAAAAUGCACGACGAGCAAGCUCGAAGAUCUGGUGGCUCUCCUGUACAGUACACACCUACUCCAAGUGCAGUGGCAGUUGCUCCAGAAAGUCCAUAGAAGCUGAGUAUGACGUGAGAAUCCUUCCGUGCCCGCAUGCAGAAAUGAGACCAUAAUAUCUUUUCGGCGGAUAAUUGGCAACUUGAAGGUGGAGUUCGUAACUGAGCUCUGGAUUCCAACUGAUGUGUGUGAAUCGACCUUCGACCUAUCAAAUUGAUACUUCAGAGCUUGUAAUUUUGUACUGUGUUCCGAAGGGAAAAUUUUGAUCCAUCAUAACCGUCCAUGUGGAUUAAGUCGAAGCCAAUGUGUGUGCAUUUUUUUCAAUGUAUUAUUCUUGUACAGUACUUUGUAUGGACGGGUGAGCAAUCGAAUACUGCCAUGGAAUCCGAUGAAUCUUGUUCAUGUUGAGCGCGGGAAGUUUUUCUUGGUGCUGACGCUCAUCAUGUUGGAUUACUACGCGCUUCUUUCUCCUAAGAUUGGCAGCGUUGAAGUUUCAUGCUGGAGUAAAACUCUUAUUGGGUUCAGGGUAAUUUUUUCUCGAGCUUAUUUCGGGAAUCACGAUAUUUAUUGUUUCAAUCAAGGGCUGUAUUUACACGAGUGCAUUGUGACAGGGAAAGCGAACGUUACA